AUGUCCUUGUCAAACAAGCUAGCUAUCACUGAUGUUGAUCUCAAGGGGAAGCGUGUUUUGAUUCGUGUUGAUUUCAAUGUGCCACUAGAUGAGAACAAGAAUAUCACGAACAACCAGCGAAUCGUCGGUGCUCUGCCCACAAUCAAGUAUGCUAUUGAUCAUGGGGCUAAAUCUGUUGUUUUGAUGUCUCACCUUGGUCGACCAGAUGGGAAAGCAAAUGGCAAAUAUAGCCUGGCCCCUGUUGCACCUGAAUUGGCAAAGCUUCUUGGAAAGCCGGUCAAAUUUGUCCAUAAUUGUGUUGGAAAAGAAGUUGAUGAAGCUAUCUCCGCGGCAAGUGAUGGGCAGAUAAUUCUCUUGGAGAAUCUUCGUUUCCAUCCGGAGGAAGAAGGAAGCUACAAAGAUCAGGAUGGCAAAAAGGUCCAAGCUGAUAAAAGCAAAGUUGACGAAUUCCGCAAAGCCUUGACUGCAUUAGGAGACGUGUAUAUUAAUGAUGCUUUCGGGACAGCCCACAGAGCCCAUAGCUCAAUGGUUGGGAUAGAUUUGCCCCAGAAAGCCUCGGGGUUCCUAGUCAAAAAGGAGCUGGAAUAUUUCGCAAAAGUCCUCGAAAACCCACAGCGCCCCUUUUUAGCGAUUUUGGGAGGUGCUAAAGUUUCAGACAAAAUUCAGUUGAUUGACAACCUCCUCGACAAAGUCAACAGCCUUAUUAUUUGUGGGGGGAUGGCGUUCACUUUCAAAAAGGUCCUCGACAAUAUGAAAAUAGGGAACAGUUUAUUCGACGAACCUGGAAGCAAAAACGUACACCAUAUCAUGGCGAAAGCCAAAGAAUGCAACGUGGAAGUUGUCCUCCCAGUGGACUUUAUAACCGGAGACAAGUUUGCUGCCGAUGCAAAGGUCGGCUAUGCUAUCGAUAGUGACGGCAUUCCAGAUGGUUGGAUGGGCCUUGAUUGCGGUGAAAAGAGCAUCAGGCUCUUCCAAGCCGCGAUCAAAGAAGCAAAGACGAUCCUUUGGAACGGCCCUCCUGGCGUGUUUGAAAUGGAUGCGUUCGCCAAAGCGACCGAGGAGACUAUUAAGGCUGCCGUAUCCGCUGCGCAAGAGGGGAAGGUGGUCAUUAUUGGCGGCGGAGAUACCGCUACCGUCGCAGCGAAGUACGGCGUGGAAAGCAAGCUGAGCCAUGUAUCUACUGGCGGCGGGGCAUCCCUGGAACUGCUUGAAGGGAAAAAUUUGCCUGGCGUUUCUGCCCUGUCGAACAAGUGA